AUGGAGACUGUGCCGAAAGAUUUGCGUGGAUUAAGAGCAUGUUUGGUAUGCUCCUUGGUUAAGACUUUCGAACAAUUUGAGUUUGAUGGAUGUGACAAUUGCGAUGAAUUUCUGCGCAUGAAGAAUAAUAAGGAUAAUGUUUUUGAUUGUACGAGUUCCAACUUUGAUGGAAUGAUUGCUGCAAUGAGUCCAGAAGAUAGUUGGGUGUGCAAAUGGCAAAGAAUAAAUCGUUUCUGUAAGGGUGUUUAUGCUAUAUCAGUAUCAGGACGGUUACCAGCUGGUGUCAUUAGAGAAAUGAAAAGCAGAGGAAUAGUGUAUAGGCCGCGCGAUACAAGUCAACGUUAAUUAUUAUAAGAAUAAUUACAAUUUUUUUAUAUGUAAAAUAAAUUUGUAAAUUAAAAUUUUUUAAAUUUAAAAUACUGUAUUAAAACCACAUCAUUGUUUAAAAUAUAAUCACGUUAUUAAU